CGAUAAGAGGUGGAACUGUGGAAGAGCUGCUGGCAUAUAAAUAGGAAGGAAAGGAUCUGCGUGUGUGUGUGUGUGUGUUUACAGAGCCCACCUGCAGCAAUCACUCAUCCAAGCAACAUGCCUUGCCUUUACAUCACCACCAACGUUAACUUGGAUCAACUCGACACCGAUCCCAUCUUUUCUGAAGCUACUCAUGCUGUCUCCUCCAUCAUCGGAAAACCCAAACAGGUAGUGUAUUUAUGUAACAAAAAUGAAUGGAACGUAGUGCAGUUUGUGAUGGUGGUAUUGAAAGGAUCGGUGCCAAUAUCAUUCGAAGGGAACAAGGAAGCAGCAGCAUAUGCUGAGAUAGUGUCGAUGGGAGGAAUCAACUCUGAAGUGAAGAGGAAGCUCAUCGCCACGCUUGGCUCCAUCUUGCAGAACAAGCUUUCUAUUCCCAGGACUCGCUUCUUUCUCAAGGUCUUCGACACUACUGUCUUUCGCAACGCCUCCAAACUCUGAUUCACAAGCCACACCUAGGCAUUCAUCAAGUCAUGUUUUCAUCUGUGCUUACAUUUUUUUCAUGCUUGUUCACUUAUAUUCCUCCUGUUUCUUAUCAUUCAUCUGUAUUAAUUAUUGGCUUAAUAAUUAACAAUCCACGACCACAACUGCGUAUAA